CUGGAUCCCUUGCAUGUUUUCUGAACUCACCAGAUUUCAGUUGGCUAUUCAUUUUUUUGUUUCCUUUUUUUUCUCCCCCCCCACCCCCCACCCCGUGGGAGAUGCCUCCUCAAGGUCUAUUUCUGGCCAUCCUCAUCGGGUCUGCCGUCUCGGUGGAAUUGGGCCACAGUUUCUGCAACAGGGAACUGUGGGCUAGAGUGGGAUGGGAGAUUCUUCCUGAGGAAAGGCCUAAAUUGAAGCUUCCACAUCAACCUUCAACUUACUGUUUGCCUUACCCUCUGGACACAUUCUGCAGCAGUUUUUCCACCUUCAAACUAUUCGACAACGUUAUGGAUUUUCUCAGUGCUCUUCUGAUAGCCCAGCAUUUAAUCCCACUAGCUCGAUCUGCACAUAAUCUUUGGACCAAAUGGAAACGGCAUGUAAAGAAGCAGGAAAGAAACCCUUCCUCAGCUUUCACGUGUAAGAAAUCCAAGGCUCAGUCCAUCCAUAGAAAGAAACAGAUUCUGUCAAGUCUCAUCAUCACAGCACGGAGGCUGAAAAUUUUCCUUAAGCAAGCAAACCACCAGCGCAGGAAGAAAAUGUGCAAACACGGGCAUGCUGGAAAAAAGCCAAAAGCAGAUGCAAACGAGUGGGCGUUCCCCAUUUUCCCCAUUUGUCCCCACACCCCCCCGCCGAGCUUGGAAACGCUAACCGGAGACAGGUCCUUUUGAAUAUUUCCCAAACUGCUGCUGUUCGGAUUGCUUUGUGCAUAGUAUGUUUUU